ACGGUGGGCCUUGCAACUUGCCAUCUUGACAAUGAAGCUAAACUUUAUAAUAUAAUUUAUUCUUUUUUAAAUUUUGGCCGGAAGAAGCUGAAAUUUUCGAAAAGAAAAAUGGGCUACUAUUACUCUGCUUAUGUUCUCUUCUUUCUCUUCCUCGUCAGAACAGUACCCACCUCCACCGCACCGGAUCAUUUCCUUAAAACUUUAAAGUCCCCGAAGCCAACGCCCGAAGCCCAAGAAUUCUUCGAGUUGACGAAUCCUCUACCGUCCGAUCACCUGACUCCGUCAUGUUCUCUCACCAUCAUACACCAUUCAUUCGCCAACACGAUCAACUCCCCUCCUUUCUCCACCCCUUACUCUCCACCUUCCGAUUGCCCUCCACCAUGGCCACGUGUCGUCCUCGAACUCCGCGUCUCCUCCUCUGGAGACCAGUACGAUCGCAUCGCCGCCAUUUGGCUUGAUGGUGCCGAGAUAUUCCGAACCAGCACAGCGGAGCCGACGGAAUCCGGAAUCUUCUGGAGAGUUCGAAAGGAUAUCACUAGGUACUCUUCUCUUCUUUAUGAACACAAAAUUAACGUCACCAUGAUGCUUGAAAACGUCGUUAAUAACAUUUACACCGGCGUUUACGACGUUCAUGUAUCAUUUCUGUUUUACAAAGAAAACAUUAGCCCUAACGGCGUUAGGUUUCCGUCAAUUAUUUCCCCAAAUAAAAAUAAUUACGAGUUGGUUACUUCUGAUUUGGGAUUUUUCAAAACGCCGUCGGAUUUAAUAAUCCCGAUUUGCGACGACGGGAAGAGAGGGUAUUGGUUUAAAGUGGAAAGCGAAUCGGACGUUCACGUAAAAAGAGUUCGAUUUCCCAAGAAUACCCUCCAAGUCGUUUUGGAAUUAUACGCAUCGUUUCAUGGGAACGACGAGUUUUGGUAUUCAAAUCCGCCGAAUUCUUAUAUCCGAUUGAAUAAUUUGACUACUGGGCGUGGGAAUGGCGCGUAUAGGGAAGUUUUCGUGACAAUUGACGGGAAAUUCGUGGGGUCCGAGUUGGUUUUUCCGGUGGUUUUUACAGGUGGGAUUAAUCCGUUAUUUUGGGAACCGAUCGUGGCAAUUGGGGAUUUCAAUUUGCCAAGCUAUGAUUUGGAUUUAACCCCAUUCUUGGGAUGGUUAUUGGAUGGGAAAUUUCAUGAUAUUCGGAUUGGUGUUGAUGAUGCGAUAUCGUUUUGGCUUGUGAAUGCAAAUUUACAUAUUUGGUUAGAUCAUGGAACUUCAAAAGUUAAAGCAAAAUCUGUUGUUUAUAACAAUCCUGCUCUUACCAUUGAACGUCAAGAGGCUUUUAGAUUGCUUGAUGGGUCAUUUAGGAUUAAAGCUAAGAGGAAAAGUGAGUUUGCCGGGUGGGUUAAAUCCAAAGCUGGUAAUUUCACCACCAUCGUUUCCCAGGAGUUUAGGGUGAUUAAUUUGAUAAGGUUUUAUUUCAAUGGAACUUAUAAGGUUGUCAAACAGAUGGUUAAGGCAAAGAGGGAUUCAAGGAUUAGAGCUGAUUCGGGUAAUUUGGUUGGUCGUGCCGUUACUCGAAGGAGGUAUCCUCUUACUGUGAUUACAUCUACUGUUCCAUUGCCUCAGAAGGAUUCCUUGGGGUCGAAGAAAGAGGAUAUGUAUAUGCUGAUCACCAACGUUUCUCAUGCUUUGAAUGAGAGGCGAAUCAAUGGGGACUAUUGGAGUAUUCUUUACAAUAGGCAGAAUUCGGAAGGAUGGAUGAAGGUUAGGGGUCAUUCUGUUCUCUCCGGCGAAGCAAGCACUUGGCAGAGGUAUAAUUACAGGGAUGAUUUUGGUUGCUAUUCCCGGACUGUUUUGGCAUACAACGGCAAGCUCAUCGGCGACAAUACGACCUUUUCUUGUGCAUCUUCUACGUAGUUUCAGUUGUUCCCUUUUUCCCCUGUGCAUGAUCCGAUUGUUUCGAACAUUCCAAAUGAUAUUUGCUCUGUAUGAAUUUGUGUCAGCUUCAGCUUCUAUAAACUCUAAUGUAUGGUUAGUGGCAUCAUUUGUAUUUACCGCUAGUAAUUUUCUGUGCA